CUCUUUGUGGCAAUCAUAUCUCAGUUUGGGAAGUUCAACCAAGGAGAGCUCACAAUCUGACCCAAAAAAAAAAAGAAAACGCAAGGAGAGCUCACAAAAGCAGUCUCUGCAAAGUUUUCUGGGGUCUCCUCCUGCAGGGUCGCCAGAAAUGGAAGAACCCCUUAAUGAGAAAAAUCAGGGUGCUAUCAAGGGCCUCCUGUACAAGCGCCUCCCCUGUACUAUGCUCCUCCCCACUCCGACAAUGCUCCUCCCCAGUACUAUGCUCCUUCUCCUCCCGAAACACAGCCGGGUUUUCUUGAAGGAUGCCUUGCGGGCCUUCGCUGGUAUUCUCUCAUCAACGAGUGCAUCGACUCCGUUGGUUAGCAGCCGUGUUGUCUAUGCUUCAAGGAAAAAGAAGGAAAAUGAAGGAAAAAUAAUAAGCAAAAAUCAAGUUUUACCAAUUUACGGAUCUUUCUCUAGAUCAUGAUCGCACUGCUCUGUAUUUUUUUUUAACAGCACUGCUCUGUAU